CUAGAAAAAAAUUGAAAAGUACAGAAAUUUUUGUUAUGUCACAUUUUUUACUGUGAUAUUAUUUUUUUUUAUAUUUUUCCAAAUUUCGUUUUUAGUAAUUAUAAAUAAUGUUUGGGCGGCCGUCUACUGAGUGGUGAUGGUGGGAGGCUGCAGCGGCGGUAUGGAGGCCGACGAGCAGAAGAAGCUGAAUGACGACCUGGUGGUGUUCAUGAGGAAACGGAGCGAAACGGAGGCUCCUCGAUACACAGCCAGGCUCAAGACUUACGUGGACUUUCAGCAGAAGCGUCGCCGAGCGGCAGCCGCACGUCGCCACACUGAAUAUGCCCACGCCCACGACAGGCAUGUCGCAGCAAAGAAGAAACCUAAUAAUGAUAACGAGCUGCAAAGAGACAGGUCCGCGGAAAAUAAUGACAAUAGAGCUAUCGAGGAUGAUCGUUUAAGUAAAAGGCGAGGUGGAGAAAAGUUAACUCAUCGACCGCGUUCAUUGUCACGAUCCGAAGAGCCGGUUGACGCCUGCAGGAGACGUCGCCGCCGGUCCUGUCGACGCCGCCGCCGCAGCUGCCGCCGCCGCCGCCGCAGCUGCCGCCGCCGGCGCCGCCGCAGCUGCAGCCGUCGCCGCCGCAGACGCAGCUGCCGCCGCCGCCGCAGACGCUGCCGCCGCCGCCGCUAGAUGGCCCUACUUGUCACUGUCUAAAUUAUUCACAUGUUUUUAUAAUUGUUGUUUCGCUAUAACUCUUUGGUGUCAUACAUUUCCAUGUUUUGCUGUCAUCCGUUUCAUUUGAUUUGGGGACUUAAAUAAAAACCUGUUUUAAUAAAGCA